UUAUCGCUGCCGCACGGUUUGACGUCAUUUUGGAAGCCUGGCCCGGCUAGCUGUCAUAUGCGUAACAGGGAAGGGCAUGACAUGGAGCUAAAUUUUCCCAUCUGCAAUUAUAUAUGCGGCGUGGCUUGUUAAAUCGAUCUAAGGAAUUGUCAGUUAUAUGUACCAAGUUAGAGGCCUUUUCGUUUCGACUUCUCGAAAAAGCAGUAGCUCGCUAACCCGAUAGCUACCUUCGAACUUAAGGUAAAGAUAACCACUUGCAUACUGAAAGCAUGGCGUUAAUCCUGUUUACAAGAUCGCGGGCACCUUUAAUGAAAACGUCUCGAUCCCUAAAGAAUGAAUUCAGGAAAGGCAAAGGGAAAUUACAGGAGGGUUCCUAUUUCAGCUGCACAGCCUUCACACUUUCCAGUCAAAAACCUGAUGGGCUCCGACUUGGCAGCUUGGCUCAGGUCUCUUCGUUCGGUCCUUCCUUGCCCGUGUCAGAUGAAUUUGUGGGUCCCUGUCAGAGCUCUGACACACAGCGGCUCUACUGCACUUUUGCAUUGGGGACUUCUGGAUCACUGUACCCUGCGGUCGCACCGGGGCCCCAAUGGACAAUAGCACGACCGCGAGACAUCCCUGGUGUCAGGUGGAUACAUACCACGAGGAGGAGAUGGGACGACUCCAAGGUGGAGAAGUCGCUGCGUUCGUUAAAGGAUAAGAAAAAGAAGCUGGAGGAAGGAGGGCCGGUGUACAGCCCGACACUGGACGCAGAGCCUGUCCGAAGGACGCUCCGACAGUGGGUUGUAGAUGAAAUCAAGCACUACUACCAUGGCUUCAGGCUGCUUUGGAUCGAUACCACCAUUGCUGGGCGGAUGCUCUGGAGGGUGCUGAACGGACAUCCCCUGUCUCGCCGUGAGAGGAGACAGUUUCUCAGAACAUGUGCUGAUGUCUUCAGACUUCUUCCCUUCCUGGUGUUUAUCAUCGUUCCCUUCAUGGAGUUCCUGCUUCCUGUAGCUCUGAAACUCUUCCCCAACAUGCUGCCGUCCACCUUUGAGACACAGUCAAAGAAGGAGGAGAGGUUGAAAAAGGAGCUGAGGGUCAAACUGGAGAUGGCCAAGUUCUUGCAGGACACGAUUGAGGAGAUCGCUCUGAGGAAUAAGGCAGCAAAAGGCGACGUGACGGAGGAAUUCUCCACCUUCUUCCAAAAGAUCCGGGACUCUGGGGAGCGUCCCAGUAAUGAGCAGAUCAUAAAGUUCUCCAAACUGUUUGAGGAUGAGCUGACGCUGGACAACCUGACUCGACCUCAGCUUGUGGCGCUUUGUCGUCUCCUGGAACUCCAGUCAAUUGGGACCAACAACUUCCUCCGCUUCCAGCUCAUCAUGAAGCUGAGGGCCAUCCGCGCAGACGACAAGCUGAUAGCAGAGGAGGGGGUGGAAAGCCUGAAUGUGAACGAAGUGCAGGCAGCGUGUCGCGUCAGAGGGAUGAGAUCUCUGGGAGUCACAGAAGAACGACUAAGAGAACAACUCGGCCAGUGGUUGGAGCUGCAUCUCAACCAGCAGAUCCCCACCUCUCUGCUGCUUUUGUCUCGAGCCAUGUACCUCCCAGAUACCCUGUCUCCUGCAGACCAGCUGAAAACCACGCUGCAAACACUUCCUGAAAUGGUGACCAAAGAGGCCCAGUUAAUGGCGGCGGAGUUGGAGCUCUCCAAAGUGGAUAACAAGACCAAACUGGAGACCAUGCUGCAGGAGGAGGCAGCCAUACGGCAGGACAACAAGGACCGAGAGAUGGAGAGGCUGGCUGACGCUGCAGAGAAGGCUGCCAGGGAGGGCGAACCCGAGCUUCAAGCAGAGAGGAUGAAGCGCAGUGAGGCAGAGCCAGCUUCAUCUAAAGCUGAAAAGGCAGCUGAUUCAGAGACACUGAAGGACACCGCGCCCAUUAUAGAGGGACUCAAGGCUGAGGAGAUCACCAAGGAAGAGAUUGACCUGUUGAGUGAUGCCUGCUCAAAGCUGAAGGAGCAGAAGAAACUGCUGACUCUGGAGAAAGAGGAGCUGGAAGAGCUGAAGGAUGAUGUCCAGGAGUACAAUGAGGAUCUGGAGGAGAUAAAAAAAGAGCUCUCCAAGACUGGUCAGGAGAAGGCCAUAGAGGAGUCAAAGGCCAGCCAGCGGCUUUCUAAGAGGGUGAACCGAAUGAUCGGUCGCAUUGACAAGAUCAUCCUGGAGCUGGAGAAGGACAAGGUCAUCCUGGAUGGACAGAUGGACAGUGGAUCCACCCCACCUGUUGGUCUGUUCUAUACCUUUAGGGAGAACCUGGUCAGCAUCGACGAGCUCAUCAACGUCAUGCGGCAGAUCCAGAACAUUCCCGAGCACAAGCUGCAGAGCAUCGCCGAGGCCCUCGACGACAACAAGGACGGGAAGAUUGACAUCGACGACGUCAUCAAAGUAGUGGAACUGAUCGACAAGGAGGACAUCGACAUCUCCACCUCACAGGUGGCCGACAUCAUGGUGAUGCUUCAGAAAGAGGAGAAGCUGAUGGGGAAGGAAAAGGCCAAAGAGAAGGCAGAGAAGGAACAGGCAGCCACACUCAAAAGUUAACUCAUUUUGCUUCAGAGACACGAGUGUUUGUAAAAAAUGAGCACUGAGAAGUUUGUGACUGGUAUCUGGUCAUAGAGGACUCUGGACACCAGGUUGAUCUGGAGAGGUUGAGAACUACAAGGUAACAGCUGCCUUCUUCUGAAAAUGUCAUUCUGCUGUAAAUUGAGCUCCUAAAAUUAAAAAAAAAUCUUCAGAGAAGGCUUGUUGCCUUUUAAAAUGUACAAAUUCAACAAGAAACUAAAUUUCUGUCAUGUUAAAAAAUUCUUGACUGGUCGUGUAAGAUAUAUGUGGUAGUUUUACUUCAGUAUUUAUCAGUGACAUGGAAUUGAAAGCUAAUCAGAAAAAUGGUUUGGGAAAUGUGUUAUCAGACGUGUUAUUUAAAGUUGUAGGUGAACCGUCUUGCCUUUCAGUUCGUUCAUGUCAUCAUCUCGGAGAAAUGAGCGAUCAUUUCCGAACUUUGCACAGUCAACAUUGUCAUUUCUGUCAUUCCGCUCACUUUAUUUCCUCUUAUAUUUUAUUUAUCCACCUCAUACCUGUUUGUAAAGUUUUUUUUUUUAAAGUUGUACUUGGGCAGGUAGCUUAUCACUGGCUAUAACGGUGGCUGCAACCAAAGAUGUUAUUGGUAUUGGAAACAGCAUAAAAAUACUCGAAACAUGUUGAAAUUACAGGUUUAAAACAAUCCAUUUUAAAAAGGGGCUACUAGCGAAUAUAUGCUAAAAACAAUUUAGGUUUUUCUUAGGUAGGACAUCAAAUUUUUUCCAUGAAAACCAAAACUAUAGUACUGCAAUUUCUUUACAUUUUGCACUCACGAAUGGGGAAAAAGUACAUUUAGUGCAGCUCUUCAUAAAUACUCCUCCUGUGUUCACUCGUAGCUCUUUAUUUAAUGCCAAAGUUGCACUGAGAUGCAUUAUUAGCACAUUCGAGGUACUCCUAAAGUCAUUAGGCAAAACGGCAAAGAUGCAUUUAAACUGUGUAGGAUCAGUGUAGGGACAGAAGCCACCAAUGUGUCUGAUGCUGCUGUGACUAGUCAGUCGGGCUGUCCCCGAAUGUUCGUUCAUUGGGUUCGUGUUCGCCCUUCAGUUUGGAUAUUGAGAUGUUGUUGUAGCGUUUUAGCAGCUAUGAUGUUUUGCUCGUUCGCGCUGUCUCUCAGAGCAGCCUUCGCCAUCCGUCGCUAAGGCUCUAAAUGUUCCUUGUUGAUUUUUACCGAAGCACGCAAACCCAACAAACGAUACUGGGGACGGCAAAGUUUAGGCAAAGUAAGAGAUUCAUUUUGCAGUAAUUAGUCUGGAAAUCGUCCGUUCAGGCGAUAGAUGAGUUCAUGAGUUGUGUCGUAGUUGUCGUUGUUUAAAUGCAAAGUGGCCUUCCUAUCACACAAAUUUUAUGGUUCUUAUAACUGCAUAUUUAUUUCUGAGGAUUUUUAAGAAUUUAACGGAGUUUUGACGUUUCCGAUUUGCAUAAUAAUUCAAGGUGAAUUCUUGUUUGGAUGAAUUUGAAAAUUGAGUCCUGUCUUUUUUUUAAAUUAUAUAUAGUUUUUUUUUUUUUUUCCUUGCACUGUAGCCAUGAAUGUACGUAGUAUGUAAACAAGGAUUCCUCAGGGCUGUGUAACGAUUUUAGAUGAUUAAAUAUAUCCUGCUACCUAUCCACAUAUCCCAUUCUGUGUUCACACUGCAUCAGCUUGGCAAUGAAACUUUAAACCAUACUAACUGCAUAUUUUGAUCAGGGGUGCAGCUAAUUAUUAUUUUGCUCAUUGGUGCUUCCUAAAAACUGAAAAUAGUGUGAGGAAAAUGCCCCCUAGAAGACUCCAACCUCAUGUUUCCAGUUCGCUAAUCCCUGUAAUAAAUGAAUGGAAAAAAAAAAUGUAUAAUAAUGACAUUUUCUUCCCUAACCAUUAAUGGUGCUGACAGUAUUCGAUAAACAUUUUUUUCUGUCUAAUUAUCAUAAUUAUGGAGCAUUUUGAAGACAUGUUGACAUUUCUGACAUUUAAAUGAUGUGAAAUGUAAUCUUAAUGAACUUAUUCAUGGGGGAAAAGGGAUAAAAUAGAAGAAUUGCAGACAGAUUUAUCUAAUAACCUCAGAUAAAAACUCUUGGUAGUGAUGAAAUCCAAAAAUCUGAUUGCUUCUUUGAGCGCUGGUGAAUUUCUCACCUAACUGGAUUCCUGUCCAGCCACACGCCGGUGCCGUGUGAACCCACCGUAACGCCUCCAGCCGCCUCUGUCUGAUGAGCUGACCUAGUUUACGGUCUUUGCCACCGCUCUGGUGUUCCUCCUGCAUAACCAGAGAAGAACUCGGGUGUAAACGAGGGUGACGGAGUGGUACUUAAGAUAAUGCUGAGUGGACAACGCUUCAUUUAAUCCAUUCCCAGAAUCCGCCGUCCUACACGUGGAAGUUUAAGAGCUUGUUCAUCUUCCAUCGGGCAUCGUCCCAGCUCGCAUCCAGUGCUGCCUGGCGGAGCAAAGGCUCUGCUUCGCCUGGGACCAGUCAGACUGAUGGGUGCGAGGUAAACACUCGCCCCAUACAUGGGCCAAAGCCAGCUCUGCUGGAGGGUUGUGUUUAGGUUAGAGACGCUCCGGCGGGACAUGGCACGCCGCGCGCUGCAUAAAUCAGCAGCCAGUGUAAACACUUUAAAAGAACGUUGUGACAACGUCUCGUCUACACUCGGCAGGAGAGCGUGGUGUUUGUGUCACCCCUCCCGCCUGACAAGGUUGAACUCUGAGGAGCACUUUGUAUAUCAGCACGACUGGCCCUGUUUGUAGGGACAGAGGGUCAAAGGUCAGAGCAGGGGAAAGAGACGAAUACCAGAGUGUAAGACUGCUGGAGAUCAAUACACAGGUUUCCUGUGCAGGUCCAGAAAGGGUUGAAAUCGACAGGGACUUUUUAUGCGUUGCAGUCAUUGCUGAAAUGCAGAUGUCAGUAUUGAUGUCAGUUAUGUACAGUUGCACAGAGAGCUCCUGAGAGCUUAUUUUUACCUUUAACGUGAUUUUUGCCAUGUUUUACUAAAUGCACAGAGCUUCAGUUUAGCCAAAGAGACCCGACUAGUCAACAAGCAGAUAAUCAGCCACUUUUUCCCUUUUGUUCUGCAAACAGCUAAAAACGAACUGGUUCCACCUUCACCAGUGGGAAGAUUUGAUGAUAUUCUUUAUACUUAAUUGGAGCAAACUGGAUAUCUACCAGUCUAGCCAACUCUAAAAUUCCAAGAUGACGGAAAAGGGGGAAAAAAAUCAGUUUUUUUUUUUUUAAACUUCCAAAACAUCUCAAAACCUACAUAUUACCACAAAAUGAUUACAAUAUAAAUUCCCUCAAACUAACACUUCCCUAACUGAUUGUAUGUCCUUGUCUGUGGCUGCUGUGCUCUUUAAACUGCAGUCUUGGAGAAAGAAGGGAGAGAAAUGUAGAGAUACAGUUGGCAGCGAAAGCAGUUUGACUCGAGGCUUGUGUCAGCAAAUUUCCAUUGCCAACCAGGCCGAGGCUCAUUUCUUGCCUUUUAUUCCUUCAUUUAGUUCCCUCAUGAUAUUUUAGAAGAAAGUGACUCAGGAGAAAUAAAAAGGUGAGCUGAUUUUUAGCACACUGUCACUAACUUUGACUGUUCUCUGCACAGUAUUGCCACAGUGUAAAUGCACUAUUCUUUUUUUUAAGCAGUUGGUAUGUGUUGACUGGCCGUCUCUGUGUGAAUGUCUACAAUACAAACCGUCCUCUCAGACUCCCGCUCAGUUGUGGGUGUUGGGUUUAGAAGAACAAACGCUUAAAGGAUUAUUUUUUUGUUUUCCCCCAUUUUGAGGUGAAACAAGUGGCUUCAGUUUGUUAGCAGUACGCUGUAAAUCUUUGUAAUUUAAAGUCAUCCACGCUGAUGAACUAUGGACUGAUUUCAAAAACUCACGGGUGAUGGGAAGCUGACCUUAAAACUUAACGACUGAACGCUUGCUCUUUAGCCUCAGCUGAUUCCACCAGUUUAGUUUUUCUUGUCAAUUUCUGACAAAAAUCAACAUAUUUUGUGCUGGGGGGGUGGCGGGGGGCUUCUUGUGCCCUGGUCCUGUGUGCUAUCAGGUAGAGUAGCUAAAAAGCAUUGCGGAUUUGGCUUCUUUUGAUGAUAUAAUCGUAUUAUUCUUCCUGUUUGGGGUUUGAUGAGCUUGUAGUAAGCCCCCCACUUUUUUUUGCGCCAGUCUUUUUUUUUAUUAUUAGCGAUAUGCAGCUUUUUGUAAAAUAUAAUCGAGUUUUCUCUUGUGCUGGAUGUAAGAGUACAGUCUGUUUAAAGAGGAAAAAGGCAGCUGAAAUGGGUAAAGCAGUGGGGAUGUGCUCUGUCUGUAGUUUCAUUUGAAAAGUAGAAAACAUGAUUUCACUAUAUUUUAAAUCAUAGUGCAGCCAACACCAUUAACCCUGUAAAGACUGAACCUUGAAGUAGUUGCCAGAAAAUUCAAAUUUUUUGAAACUGGAGUGUUUAUGAAACUUCUGAUAUAAGGGUUAGGGUUAUAAUAAAUCUAAACUUGCAUAUGAGCUUUAAUUUGUAUCAAUCAUGAAUUUAUUUAAGUUUUUUGGAUGGAAAACAAUCACACUGAUGAUGUCGAUGUCUCGAAAACUAUGAAGGGUUACAAAUUGUUCUAAAGCUGUGUUCAAGAAGAAGCCAAAGUGCCUCCCCUUUUAAGAUCAAACUUUAUUGAUAAUUUAUUGAUAUUGAUAUUCCUUUGGGAUCGUUUGUGUCCGAAACUGCAAUCUUUCAGCUCAGACUCUAAUUGAAGAUGCCAAGGCAAAUUCACAGCUUUGUCGCCUCCAUAAUGCACUUUGGCUUCUUUCUGAACACACAGACACAAAAAACCCGGACCAAAAUUAAUCUUCGAUGUGUUUUAAAGCAUCAGACAGGCCACAGUCAGCUUACACCAUAUUAAACCUCAGAGAGGGGAAAAAAAACAAAACCCAAAGAACUUUAUGAAAUCAAGUUGUAAAAAAGAAAACCAAAUAAAAAAGACAGAAAUCAGAGAAAAUCUCAGUUUGAAAGACGAUGCUACAGUUGCAGUAAAAUUGCAGUGUAAAAUCUUACCUGGUGACACGAUGUUUUUGACAUGUUAAAAAUAAUCCACGUAUAGCUUACUGCAUUUUGCUUGAAAAAAUUCUGUUAUUUAUUUAUUGAAUCAAAGUUUCCUUUUUUUCACGACUGGGUAUUUGAUUUUAGUUGAA